CGCGCCCCGCCGGCCCGCUCGGACAAGAUGGCGGCGGCCCCGCAGCCGCAUCCCAGCCCCGGGCCGGGCCCGCCGGCGGCCGAGGCGGAGCGCGGGGGCCCGCGCGGUGGCGGGGCGGACGGGGAGGCCGAGGCGGAGGAGUUCGGGUGCCCGGCGCACUGCUCCGACCUGGCCUGGCGGCAGAACGAGCAGCGCCGCCAGGGCCUGUACUGCGACAUCACGCUGGCGUUCGGCGGCGCGGGCGCGGCCCGCGAGUACCGGGCGCACCGGUCCGUCCUGGCCGCCGCCACCGAGUACUUCACGCCGCUGCUCUCGGGGGGCUUCGCGGAGUCGCGCUCGGGCCGCGUGGAGCUGCAGAAGUGGAGCUCGGAGGGCGGCCCCGACCCCGAGACGGUGGAGGCCGUUGUCGGUUUCAUGUACACGGGCACCAUCCGCGUGAGCCCCGGCAAUGUCCACGAGGUGCUGGAGAUGGCGGACAGGUUUCUGCUGACACGGUUAAAGGACUUCUGUGGAGAGUUUCUAAAGAAGAAACUGAACCUCUCUAAUUGCGUGGCAGUUCACAGCUUGGCCCACAUGUACUCCCUGAACCAGCUGGCCCUCAGAGCGCAGGAUAUGAUCAGGAGAAACUUCCACAAAGUUAUCCAAGAUGAGGAGUUCUACACUCUGCCGUUUCACCUUGUCCGGGACUGGUUCUCGGACUCAGAGAUCACGGUGGACUCUGAAGAGAUCCUCUUUGAGACGGUUUUAAAGUGGGUUCAGAAAAAUCCCGAGGAAAGAGAGAGGUACUUUGAAGAUCUCUUUAAGCUGCUGAGGUUGUCUCAGAUGAAACCCACGUACCUGACUCGCCACGUCAAAUCCGAGCGGCUGGUGUCGAGCAACGAGGCCUGCGUGAAGUUGGUGUCCGAGGCCGUGGAGAGCCACGCCCUGCGCUCCGAGAACCUGCAGUCCGGGAACCUGCAGCAUUCCGCCUGUCCCGCCGCGCUGCUGCCGCGCUUCGGCCAGAACAUGGACGUCAUCAUCGUCAUCGGCGGCGUGUCCGAGGGCGGCGACUACCUGAGCGAGUGCGUGGGCUACUUCAUCGACGAGGACAGGUGGGUCAACCUGCCGCACAUCCACAACCACCUGGACGGGCACGCCGUGGCCGUGACCGAGUCCUACGUGUACGUGGCUGGCUCCAUGGAGCCGGGGUUUGCCAAGACUGUGGAGAGGUACAAUCCCAACAGAAACAUCUGGGAGCAGGUCUCGAAUCUAAUCACCAGGAAGCAUUCCUUUGGCCUGACCGAGGUGAAGGGCAACUUGUACAGUAUCGGCGGGCAUGGCAACUUCAGCCCGGGCUUUAAAGAUGUGGCCGUUUAUAAUCCCGAGCAGGACAAGUGGCAGAACCUGGAGUCGGCCCCGAAGAUCCUGCGGGAUGUCAAAGCUGUCUCCGUGGAGGACCGGUUUGUGUACGUGGCCGCCCGUACCCCAGUGGACAGCGACAGCGAGGACGGGCUGAGGGCCGUUAUUACCAGAUACGACACUGAAACCAGGCAGUGGCAGGACGUGGAGUCCCUGCCCCUCAUCGACAACUACUGCUCCUUCCAGAUGUCCGUCGCCAACACCAACUUCUACCACACGGCCUCGUGCUGCCCCAAGAGUUACCCCAUCGACAACGAGGAGGCCAAGGGGAAGAUCUCUGGCAGGGCCUCGGAUGAAAUCCUGGAAUCCUUGCCCCCCGAGGUCCUGAGCAUCGAAGGAGCGGCCAUUUGUUACUACAAGGACGACGUGUUCAUCAUCGGGGGGUGGAAGAACAGCGACGACAUCGACAAGCAGUACAGGAAGGAGGCCUAUCGCUACUGCGCCGAGCGCAAGCGCUGGAUGCUCCUGCCCCCGAUGCCGCAGCCCCGCUGCAGAGCCACUGCCUGCCACGUGAGGAUCCCCUUCAGGUGCCUGCAGGGAACACAGAGGUACCCCAUGCCGCAGAACCUGAUGUGGCAGAAGGAUAGGAUAAGGCAGAUGCAGGAAAGGCAGAUGCAGGGGAUACACCGACACUCCCUGACCUUGCGGAGAAUGCCGCGCUCCCAGAUCGAGUGCUAGUGUCUGGAACACCACUCCUGAGGAUGGGCCUAGGAAGUAAACCCUUUUGUUAGGCUUGGUAUGUCUUUAUAAGACAUGAGGGCGUGGAUUGGGUUUGAUGCAUAAAACCAGCAUCUUUCGUGUACUGAAAAGUCAGAAGCUCAGAAGUUGAGGGUGGGUGGGAAUUGAGACGCUCUGUGAAUCCAGCAGUAUUCCUUAAUGGUGCCCAGGGAAAAGCUGUAGCCUGUAUCGGGCUGUGAAAUGUCUCUGGGUGCGUUAAGCCUGUUACUUCUCUCUUCAGAUCUUUGGUUCCAAGGGUUUCUGUAGAGUUAGUCUCUAACAGUUCUACUUUGAAAAUCAAAGAUCUGUCUCUUAAUAAUUUAGUGGUUACAUUUGUGUGUGCUUGAAAGCACCUAUUUUAUUUGCACUUAUCUCUUGACAUUCCUUUGAUUCUCUCCUCAGUGACUAAAUUUCACAGGAUUGGUGUUGGCGUACUUGGCUUUCCCGAGCUGGAGGCAAGUGCAAUAGUUCUGUAUGAAACAAAAGCACAAUCUUUCUUGAUGAAAUUACUUCAGGAUGUUUCUAUGUGUAUUAAAUAUUUUGUAUCUGUGCGUUGUGGAGAGGCUGCCCGGUUUGUUUAUAAGUGGAUGGUUGCUGGGACACAAGACGCUGAAAGAGAGAACUUGAGGCAGUGGAUUUUAUUUCAGGUGUAUCUGCAGGUUUGAGUCUGUGACAGCUUUGUUAGAAACUCGGUUCAGCAGCCUGAGAUGAGGAGUGACAACGAGUGUUGAACCACCCACCCACACUGGCUGUUUACUUCAUCAGAGUGGAGCAGUGAGAAUGGGAUUAUUCCAUGGGAACAGAGUGAAACCUGAGCUAUGCAUAGGUCCUUUCUCAAACGCUGCACAUGUUUUAAUUCUAGUGAAAAGUGAUGGAAGAGCCUCUGCUGUUCCCAGCCCGUCUCUGACAAUCAGAACCCUUUGCCUUCCAUGUGCUGUCCCAAGGAAUUCCCAGCAGCCGUGCUGCAAGCUCCCUCCUCUGGCGGGGAGAGAUGGGUUUUCAAAGUCUUCAAAUACCUGAAUUUCCCCACUUGAUUGGGGUGUGAGAUUUAAGCUCAUGGAAACACCUUUUGGCAUUCUGAGGUGAUUUUACAUCCAGCUGCCCUGGUUGGCUCUGGGUUUGUUCCCACUGUACUCCCAGGGAAUAGAAUGUGGAGUAUUCCCUUCCAUCUGUCCCACUGAGCACUCCGAGGAGCUCCAGGACCCUUUAGUUUACCAGCGGUUUCAGUGCAUCCUUCCUACCUCCUUUUCUCUCCAUCCUUCCCUUCUUUUGAAUGUUCCAGGUUUUCCCAGCAGUGUAACUCAGGAUCUUAGGGAAGGGAAUGGGAGGAGUCAGUCAUCUUGGUGUUCUGAAAUCUGUGUAGGCAAACCCUGUUGGAGAAUCUGUUACUGUUCCUGGUUCCUUGAUGUUUGCUGGUGGUUUUGAUGUGGGCAUCUCCAUUGCGAAGAACUUGUAACCAUGUGGGGGUUUGUUUUGUUUUUAGUUGGUUUGCUUUCUGAGCUGCUCCUUCUCCUUUUCCAGUUCAUCAGGCAGCCCAGAUCGUAUCUGAAACUUGGGGUAAGUCCUUCCACCACUCAGUGUGUAAAGGUUUCUCUGAUGUGUAUGUUCCUUAACACACCACUUUGCGGUUCACGGGCCACUUUGGUAUCAAUAACUUGCCUGUUCAUGAGAGAUUCUCCAGCCUUGGUUUAAAAAACCCACCAAACUUGAAAAGCUCUGAACGGUUUGUCUCAGUUGACCCCUCUGUGGUAACUGUGUCGUAUUUUCUUUUUCUGUUGGGUUUUUGGGGCAGGUGAAGUUUAUGCUGCUGGCCUCAUGCGGGAGGAAAUAGGUGAGUUUAAGGUGGUGUUUGCAGGUGACUGUUCCCAAACAGCUCCUGCAGGCCUGUAAGCCAGGAGUUGAUCCGUGGAGUUUGGCCCGUGGAUUCUUGCAGGUCUGGAGUAGGUUCAGAAUCGCUGCCCCUGCAGGAGGUUUGUGACAGAGCGUGCAAAUGCCUCACAGCUGGAGGGAUUUAACAAGCAGUUGGAGGGUGGUAGUAGGUCACACCACCACAGCUCUAUCCCAGCCCUCCCAUAGCCUGUCACGGAAUACAGACGAUUUUUAGGGAGAAACGCCGAGAUGAUUAUUUCAGUUGGAAUAGCAACUCAAUAUUUAAUGCAUGGCAGUGAUGCAACAAAAGAGGCAAGGACAGACCUUGCAGUCUUUGCUUUCUCCAAACAAAAUUGAUACUGCACUUUCCCAGGAGGACUCUGGGCUGGCAGACAAGCUGUGUUGUUUACUGAAAGCACUCCCCUCAGAGGCAGUGUCAGCCCAGCCCGUCCCUGGACAGGUAACCUGCGUGUGCCAGCCGCAUGCCGCGUGUGCUCCGUGUGCAUGGCACUGGGGGGGCCCUGGCAGCAGCAUGGGCUGCUCUAACCUUUGCUCUGCCAGUUCUGGGGUAGUUUUUAAGCACUGGUGCUUUUUGGCCUUGACUUUCAGUGGACUGACGGCGUUGGUGUGGUUUGUGGCUGACGGGCUUGAACAAUCCACUGCAUCGCACCAGGUGUUGGGAGAAUCGCAUUCACAGCUCGGGCUGUAAUUUAGCCCAUGAACCUGUGAAUCUGUAACAACUCCUUAAGGCCUUUGACUGCCACAGCUUGCUGGGUGUUUAUCAGAUGAUCCCAUAAACAGAAGCCUGGGGGUUCUUUCUGUGUGUUUGUAGUGGCUGGUCAGCUGCCAGCAGGGUGGCAGUGUGUGUGAACGAGGAGGCUGACUGCUGGCCUCGCUGCGCUGGCGGUCACCAGAGUGACUCCCAGGGGCCAUACGUGUACAGAAUGUUUUAUAACUACCUGGAUACUCUGCCAGUAGCCUGGGGGUGUCCGUGUCUUGAGUGCCUCCCUUGCACAUAGUAGAGAUCACUGCAGAGAUGAAGCAAACAGCUUACACGUGCUGUGAACGGCUGUGCCGAGCAUUCCACUCCACUACUGCAAUGGCCUUUUAUCCCAUUACAGGAAAUGUCAAAAUCCAAACUCUUGGCUGAGGUCAUGUGUUGUGGAAUAGCCUGGUGGCUGCUGACAAACCAAGUCCUCAGGAAUGACAACUUUUUAGGUUGUUCUUAACACAGCCUUGUAAGAGGAUGUUGUAACGUCCCAAUGGGUUUUGAAAAGCAGGCGUAAAGUAGGUGGUUUGUGGCUUGGGUUCAUUUUCAGCUCUGUCCACCUUAGGUACAAACCAUCUCUUCUGUUAGACAGUCCUGGGUGGAGUCUGAUAAAACAGGUGCUCCUGAGGAUCUAACUCUGUUACUAAUAUGAAUGUAUAGUGUGGAACUAACAAGCUCUUUGAAGACCAUUACUAGGCAGAUCCCCCUCGUGGGUCUGUGUCACUGUGGGUCACGGCAGCUCUGCUCUCCUGGGACAUAAACGGAGGGGCAACAGAUUUCUGGGGAGCAGCACUCCUGUCCUUACCUGUGAGGUAAAGUAGUGUGUGUGUGUGAUAGGCCCUUUGAAACAAAUCCUGCUUGUCAUGUUCUUGACCUUAAAUACACUGUACUAAAGUUUAUUGUAAGAGGUGAAUUAAUGAAAAUAAACCUUUUAUUUCUCUAGCA